CACUGAACAGACUUCAGAAACAAGUGUGGGCCAACAACAGCUUACUAAUCAUAACGUCUUCUCACUAAACUUCCAGAAACAAGAUGGAGCUUUCAUAUCAAUCUAUGAAGGUUGCCCACCAAGCCCGGGAAGCGGAUGAGCUGAGGACUGAGACCAGGAGGAAGAAUCUCCUGAUCCUCAUUUACCACCACCUGCUGGGGCAAGGCUACGUGUCUGCAGCAGUGGCCUUGGACCAGGAGACUAAUGGAGGUGUGAGGAGGUUCGAGGUCUGCGACAACAUCGAUCUGGAGAUGGUGCUGAUGGAGUACGAGAGUUAUCACUAUGUCAAGUUCCAGAAGUAUCCCAAACUUAUCAGAAGAACCGCAGAACUAGGUGAAAACAGAAAUAUAAGAAGUGGUGGAGUAAAGAAGAGUCCCUGUUCAGCUGUGAAGCCCCUUCCCAAAAUCAUCCCCUCUCAGAGCCCGCAGCCUGCAGUUGGAGCCAAGAGGCCAGCUGCUGGUUCUCAUACAAAUGAGAACGGCUCUUCUGUUCCUCCAGAGUCCUCAGAGUUCGGUCUCAAUGUCUCCUCCAUCAGAAACGGACCAGCUGGGGAGGCGGCUACCAACAGGAAGGGCCAGAUGACUGAAGGCAAAGUUCCAAUCCAAGGAACGGGCAGUGACUUAGACCACAUGGAGCGGCUGCUGAAGCCCCUCAGUGGCAUGUCUGGGAUGAGCGGUGAGAUGAGAGAACUCGCUGCCAUCAUCAGCGGGGACAUCUAUCUGCACAGCCCCAACGUGCGCUGGGAGGACAUCAUCGGGCUGGAGGACGCAAAGCGAUUAGUCAAAGAGGCCGUCGUCUAUCCCAUUAAGUACCCCCAGCUGUUCACAGGCAUUCUGUCUCCGUGGAAGGGCUUGCUGCUCUACGGCCCCCCAGGUACAGGUAAGACUCUGCUGGCCAAGGCCGUGGCUACAGAGUGUAAGACCACCUUCUUCAACAUCUCCGCCUCCAGCAUUGUCAGCAAGUGGAGAGGAGACUCUGAGAAACUGGUCCGGGUUCUGUUUGAGCUGGCCAGGUACCACGCCCCGUCCACCAUCUUCCUGGACGAGCUGGAGUCAGUGAUGAGUCAGAGAGGAGCCAACAUGGGGGGGGAGCACGAGGGGAGUCGCAGGAUGAAGACGGAGCUGCUGGUGCAGAUGGACGGCCUGGCCCGGUCAGAGGACCUCGUGUUUGUUCUGGCUGCCUCCAACCUGCCCUGGGAGCUGGACCACGCCAUGCUGCGGAGGUUAGAGAAGAGGAUUCUGGUUGGUCUGCCCUCCUCGCCAGCGCGCCAAGCCAUGAUCUCUCAUUGGCUGCCUCCUCUCAGCUGCACAGGAGGGGUGGAGCUACGCACUGAGCUGGACUAUGAGACUCUGGCCAAGGGGAUGGAGGGUUACUCUGGCUCUGAUGUGAAGCUGGUGUGUAAGGAGGCCGCCAUGAGACCAGUGCGCAAGAUCUUUGAUGCUCUGGAGUCACAUCAGGACGGAGGCAGCAACAUGCCAGUCAUCCAGCUGGAAACCGUGACAACAGCUGACUUCCUGGAGGUCCUCACACACACCAAACCCUCGGCCCGAAACCUGAUGGACAGAUACACAGCCUGGGACAGAGAGUACAAGUCUGUCUGACACACAAACACUUUUAUACUAACAUUCCAGCAUUUCCAACAGAUUGUUGACUGUAAACAAACUGACCUGUUGCUGUAAGGCUUAGUGGGAGCCGUGGCAUGACAGUGCACUGUAUUCUAAAUAAUUUAUUCACACACACAUUGCACAUCCUUAUACUAACAGUAAAUAGCCUCACCAGAAUAUCAUUAUCUAAUCAGUUUAACAAGAUUCUUACUAACUUAUUGCUUUCCUAAGCUGUAACUUCUAUUGGUCUCUACCAUCAGUCAAUAAAAAU